AUGGCUGCUAAUCGUUUAUGGUUGAAGGAAAUGUCGAAUUUCUAUGUUGCAGUCGUGAAAGCCACUCUUUAUUCGCCUACAUCUAAUAAGGAGGUGGAAUUGUGUUCUCCUGAAGCCGUGGGCAAGGAUCUCGCUGUCGUUAGUUUCAAGUGCUCUGAAUUCACAUCAGGCACGUACGCCUUGAGAAUCUAUCCUAAUCAAGCCGGAACCACCUCUUUCUCGAUACUUGUCGAUCACGUGCCAGCUAUUUCAAGAGAAAAUUGUCUUUUCCCAAUUGUUCUCGACUAUGAGUGGUGGUGCCGUAAAGCAAAUGGAGUUUACCAAGUACAGGUAGAUUCUACCGUCGGCCCCACGAAUAUCACACGAACACAAAUACUCACAUGCCUUGACAGAGGAGGCCAAGCUUGUGUUCAUGGCAAGCUGAAUAUGGAUCAAAACUGCAUUUGCGAUAUGGGAUGGGCAGGGGCCGAUUGCCUGACGCGUGUCUGCCAGAAUGGAGGAACUACGAUGCCAGACAAUACCUGUGCUUGUAUUCCAGGCCAAUAUGCUGGAGAGUUUUGUCAAACAAGUUUGCUUAGCUGUACCUCAUCACCCGAACUACCGUAUUUUGCAAACGAAGUGGCAUCGCUUAUACUAGUCGUUGAACGAUCAACGACUCCAUUAACUUUGGACAUCACAUCUGCAAUUAUGAGAUCAAUUGCUGGCACUCAAAUCGUUCUGGUUUAUUAUGGAGGAGGACUGGACCCAACAGUCAUGCUGUCGACGACGGACUCACAACUUUUCUCAAUCUUUCUUAAACAACAGCCUGUUGAGAACGUCGACUCCUCAGCUCCUCCUGAGUCACCUUACAACGCUCUUCUCUUAGGAAUGAAGGCUCAGUUAACCGCUCGAGCACUGUUGGUGUUAGUAUCCCGUGGAGGCGACUUCCCCAUCGAUGACGUGUUGGUGAAGCAGCUUUCUCAGCAAAGAGUUGAUCUUCGUGUGUUCACCGAACAAUACUCUUCAAACUUCUCAACUUUGGCUAUGUUAGGCAAUGGCAUCUCUUUCGUCGCUAGUAGAGACGACUUUCAAGAGGUUUACUUUCCGAACUACAUAGUGCCAAUAGCCUCGAAAGCCACCACCCUCUCAUCUCCUAUAUUGAACGUUAUCGCCUCCGAUACUUCUUGUAAUGCAACGAUCAGUAUACCAGCAGAGGACUUCUCUGCCUCACUCAAAUUAUUUGUUCACGUGACAAAUACUGAUGGAACAGUGACAGUGGUACAAGGUGGAUUGCCAGUGGAUUCAACAAAAGUUGGAGGAGGAACCUACUCACUCACAGUCAGUUCUCAAGUUGGGACCACUAUUUCUAUCAAUGGCAACGAUCAGUGCUCGUACUUCGUGGAAAUUCUUAAUUAUUACAAGGUUGGCUAUGUUUUCCAAAGAAAUAAUCUGGAUGAAAAUGGUUUUCUUGGGCCAGUAUCAGGAUCAAAUUACGUCUCGUUGUCUGCCGCGAACACUCCUCUUGUCAGUGACGUAUCUGUGACGCCCCGUAUUCAACUUCGUCCAAUAGCUAGGACUGGCACGUUGGGUAAUGUGAUUCCGGUGAAGACAACGGUGAAAAGUUCAGCCUGCGCUUAUAGCUACAUCGCCGAAUUGAACUGUACCACAGAUAUUUUUGGAUACCAAGCCCAGAUCCAAACAUUCCCGAAAACUUCCUCUAUGCGACAUCAGCAAAUUACUAUGGUUUGCCUACAGCUGGGGGCCUGCGUUUGGGCGUGGCUGGUAUUGAGAAGACCACAGAAUCUUACGAUAAGGGAGGCAAUGGAGUUCAAGGCUCAAGAUAUGCGACCACGAGGAGCCCCAAAGAAGACGUUGCGAGUUGUGAUCAGCAGUGACCUCGCCGAAGCUGAGGUAGCGGCAGAAGAUGCCGAAGAUAUAAAGAAUUCAGAUUCUUGCAAAAAUGGUGGCCAGUUUACCGAUGGCACCUGCAAGUGUAAGGGCUGGGAAGGUGCAGACUGUGGAUUACCUAUAUGCAUGAAUGGCGGAAUCAGAGAAAAUGGUGUGUGUAUCUGUUCUCCAAACACUUUCGGAAAAUUCUGUGAAGAAGUUCAACCACUUCAUCUGGCCUUCAUUUUGGAUUCUGUUGGUAAAGAUGAUACAGCUUUCAAUUCAUCAAUCACAGCAAUACUGGAGCUUACGGGCCUUUACAACAUGGAAGAGCUACAAAUCAUGCUUACUGAUAACGCUUAUGAAUUCACAUUGAAUCGCAAUUUUGUUAGCUAUACAAGAAAUUCACUCUAUUCCACUCUCACCCAGCUGUUCCCUUAUCGAGACGAUACGGGUGAUAUAAAACUUGAUGAUGUAUUCUCUACUAUUAGGAGUAAUGCUGUGGACCUCAAUUUAACUUCUUCUAACAACUAUGUAUUCUACGUUACACAAUCAGGAGGAAAGCUACAAGAUUCAACAAUCUUGGAUGAUCUGAGGCAAAAUCACAGCUUCACGAUAAGUUGCAUCGCUGUGUCGGCAUAUGAUCGCACCCUUCCCUCUUCCACCCUCGACGAGUUGGCAGCAAUUGGAGUCACGAAAACCGCUGAUAAUUGGUACACUGCCAUGAUGGAGAUGGCGAAUAUAACGCAGAAUGUCGAUAAUCCACCGCCGUCACCCCGUGGGUACUUUGAUGCCUUUAUGAGCCAUGAUUUCGUCUAUAUGUAG